UCCCGCCAAAAUGCCAAAACUGUCAGUCACUUUCAAUGUGUAUCAAUUUUAUACUUGUUUUAAAACUAAUGUGCUAACCUCUAUGUGAAAAGUAUUCAUUUAUUUUUUCUCUAAUUGAACAAUCAUAUAUUCUGUUAUUUGAUUAUUAUAGAAAUAGAUAUAUUGUAAGUAAUUGUAAGCAAAACAAAUAUACUGUAAAAUGGAUGUCGCCGAUACUUUUGCGACACAAAGUCAAGUUAGAGACGAAGUUGGUGUACGAUGUCAAAAACUUUUUCAAGACUUUCUUGAAGAAUUCAAAGAAGACAAUGAAAUAAAAUAUGAGAAGCAUGCAAAAGAAUUAUUGAAGCCUGAAUUAAGUACACUGGAAGUCAGUUUUGAUGAUGUAGAAAAAUACAAUCAAAACCUAGCAACCACUAUUAUUGAGGAAUACUACCGCAUAUAUCCAUUCUUAAAUCAAGCUAUUUUUAACUAUGUCCUGAGUCAGGCAGACAGUGGCAUGAAAAAAGACUUGCAGGAUAAAGAAUGUUAUGUAUCAUUUGUUGAUGUACCUACUAGACAUAAAGUGAGAGAGUUGACAACUGCUAAAAUUGGCACACUAAUCAGAAUAUCAGGACAAAUAGUUAGAACCCACCCAGUACACCCCGAACUGGUCUUAGGCACAUUUGUUUGUUUGGAUUGUCAAACAAUCAUCAAAAAUGUUGAGCAACAAUUUAAGUACACAAUUCCGACUAUUUGCCGUAAUCCUGUAUGCGCCAAUCGGCGCCGUUUCAUGCUGGAUGCAGAUAAAUCUGUAUUUGUGGAUUUCCAAAAGAUACGCAUUCAGGAAACUCAGGCAGAACUGCCGAGAGGUUGUAUCCCUCGCUCACUUGAGGUUAUAUUGAGAGCUGAGGCUGUUGAAUCUGUCCAGGCUGGUGACCGUUAUGACUUCACUGGAACCUUAAUUGUGGUCCCAGAUGUUGGGUCUCUUUCUCUUCCUGGAGCCAAAGCUGAGCUUACUACUAGGACACGACAGGCCAAUGAGGGGCAGAUGGAGGGUAUUAAGGGCCUAAAAGCUUUGGGAGUCAGAGAGUUGCACUAUAAGACAGCUUUCCUCGCAUGCAGUGUGCAGGCAAUAUCGCGCAGAUUUGGCACUGCAGAGCUGGCGACUGAUGACCUCACUACUGAGGAUAUGAGGAAACAGAUGACUGAUAAGGAAUGGGAUAAGGUAUAUGAAAUGUCAAGAGAUCGCAAUUUGUACAAUAAUUUAAUUGCGAGCUUGUUUCCAAGCAUACAUGGUAACAAUGAAGUCAAGAGAGGAAUAUUGCUUAUGCUUUUUGGAGGUGUUGCUAAAACAACUAUGGAAGGGACCACACUUCGAGGCGAUAUCAAUGUAUGUAUAGUAGGUGACCCAAGUACAGCAAAGUCACAGGUAUUAAAGCAAGUGAGUGAGAUCACGCCGAGAGCUGUCUACACCAGCGGGAAGGCGUCUUCGGCUGCCGGUCUUACUGCAGCCGUCGUCAAGGAUGAGGAAUCAUUCGAUUUCGUAAUAGAAGCUGGCGCGUUGAUGUUAGCCGAUAAUGGUGUUUGCUGUAUAGAUGAGUUCGACAAGAUGGACCCCGCAGAUCAGGUCGCCAUACACGAAGCCAUGGAGCAGCAGACUAUAUCUAUAGCCAAGGCUGGAGUUCGCGCGACACUUAAUGCUCGCACAUCAAUUCUGGCUGCUGCCAACCCUAUUGGCGGUCGAUACGACCGAGCUAAAUCGCUGCAGCAAAACGUCGCUCUGAGUGCACCCAUAAUGUCGCGAUUUGAUUUAUUUUUCAUAUUAAUAGAUGAGAGCAGUGAAAUGGUGGACUAUGCUAUAGCACGUAAGAUUGUGGAUCUACACUGUAAUAAGGAAGAGACAUAUGAUUGUGUGUACUCUAGGGAAGAUCUCUUGAGGUAUAUUGCAUUCGCGAGAUCAUUCAAGCCCAUAAUUACUGAGGAGGCGGGGCAGUUGCUGGUGGAAUACUAUUCGGCGUUACGGUCACGUGACAGCAGCGGUGCGGGGAGCGCGGGCGGCGGCGCCUGGCGCAUCACUGUACGCCAGCUGGAGUCCAUGGUGCGGCUAGCAGAGGCCAUGGCCAAGAUGCAUUGCAGUGGACACGUCGCACCGCAACACGUGCACGAGGCGUACAGAUUAUUAAACAAAUCUAUUAUUAGAGUUGAACAACCAGAUAUACAUUUGGAUGAAGAUGAUCCACAGUUUGAGCCAACCAUGGAUGUUGAUGAAGACAUACCUAAUGGCACUGGAAAUACAAAUGGCCAUGUCAAUGGAGAUUCAGCACCCAAAAAGAAGCUUACACUAUCGUUUGAAGAUUACAAAGCUCUUAGUGAUAUGCUUGUGGUGUUCAUGAGGAAGGAAGAAGCUGAAGCGGAAACCAGAGGUGAGGAGAGUUCUGGUAUGCGUAAGAGUGCAGUAGUGAGUUGGUACCUGGAGCAGCUAGUAUCGCAGGGGCAGAUUGAAAAUGAAGAUGAACUACUUGAGAGAAAAACUCUUGUUGAGAAAGUAAUUGACCGCCUCAUGUACCAUGACCAAGUAAUUAUACCUUUGUCAACAACCGGGCUCAAGGCGACCCAGAAAUCGUCGGAGCAAGAAAUUGAAGAUGACCCAUUGCUAGUGGUACAUCCUAAUUAUGUAGUCGACACAUAGUAAUAAGUUGUAUUUUUUUUAAUAAAAGUCUAUAAAUGCUA